AUGGCUACCAAGUGUCACUCAGCACCUUAUGGUCCAUAUUGGCGUCAAGGCCGCAAAAUUUUAACCUCUGAGCUCUUUAGCCCAAAAAGUCUAGAGUCUUUUCGAUACAUCCGGGUUGAGGAAAAUCGCACUUUUAUUUUGCGACUCUAUGCCAUGUCAGGGAAGGCAGUUGUGCUCAAACAGCAUCUGUCACGCCUAACUCUUAGUGUUCUGUGCAGAGUUGUGUUGGGAAAGGACCAUUUUAGCUUGACCAAAUCCAAGAGUUCCACAAUAUCACUCAAAGAAUCUCAGGACAUGACUGAUGAGUUGUACUUGCUUGCUGGGGGUUAUGUAAAGCGAAUGAAGGCCUUACAGAAAAAGUUGGACCAGUUUUAUGAGUUCGUGCUCAAUGAACACAAGGCCAGGAAGGAAGGAGUGGAGGAGUUUGUGGCAAAGGACAUGGUGGAUUUACUAUUGCAGCAGGUUGAUGAUCCUAACGAUCUUGAAGUUAAGCUCACCUAUGACACUGUCAAGGCAUUCACUCAGGACUUAGUAAUUGGAGGCUCUGAUACCUCUGCUACCACUUUGGAAUGGGCAAUGUCUGAACUCAUAAAACAACCAAACCUCAUCGAAAAGGCCACCGAAGAGCUCGAUAGAGUGAUUGGAAGAGAGAGAUGGGUAGAAGAGGAAGACCUCGAAAACCUUCCUUAUAUAGAUGCUAUUAUGAAAGAGGCAAUGAGGAAGCACCCUGUAAUUGUAUUCCUACCACAUUUAGCUCUUGAGGAUUGCAAUGUGGCAGGUUAUGAUGUUUGUAAAGGAACUCUAGUGCUUGUGAACAUAUGGAGCAUGGGGAGAGAUUCCACACUGUGGGAUGCACCAGACGAGUUUAGGCCUGAGAGGUUCUUAGGGAAGGCAAUUGAUGUGAAGGGACAGAGUUUUGAGUUCUUGCCAUUUGGUUCAGGAAGGAGGAUGUGCCCUGGUUAUGGUCAUGCACUGAAAAUGGUAGGGUCUUGUUUGGCUAACAUGUUACAUGGGUUCACCUGGAAACUGCCUGAAAAUGUGAAAACAGAAGAUUUGGGCAUGGAGGAAACUUAUGGAUUGCUCACACAUCGGAAGUUCCCACUUGUUGUGGUCACAGAACCUCGGCUGCCAAUUCGUCUUUACUAUUAUAUGUGA